UUCAACAAAAUCAUUAAAUCAUACGUGUUGUCUUUCAUUGAAUUAUGGUGCAUUUUUCUGUUUGAUACGUUUUUGUUUUCGGAUUAUUACCUAAUACGAUUUAAUCGAAGUGAAAUAUGUCUUUUUCCUUCGGGACUCCAUCGAGUGCUCCGGCCACUACGGGUCUGACUGGAGGGUUUAAUUUCGGUGCAAACAAGCCCGCAACGCCCGGGUUCGGCUUGACGGCGACCUCUCAACCGUCUACCGGCAUGUUCGGGACGCCGGCCUCCGCCGCGCCCGCUUUCGGCACCGCUACCCCAAGCUUUGGGGCCGCGGCAACCCCAGCAUUCGGUGCCACUGCUACCCCUAGUUUUGGGGCAACUGCUACCCCAGCGUUUGGGGCCACAUCUACACCAGGGUUUGGGGCAACAUCCACCCCAGCAUUCGGGGCGACAUCAACCCCUGCAUUCGGCGCCACAACCACUCCGAGUUUUGGGGCCAGUGCAGCCCCCACAUUUGGUUCAACGACUGCACCUGCUUUCGGAACUACUGGACUUGGCACUGGUGGCUUGAAUUUUGGAGCUGCCUCCACUGCAACUAGUCAAUCUACAGGGUUAUCAUUUGGGGCACCAGCAGCAUCAACAGCUAGUACAGGGCUUGGUGGUUUCGGGUUUGGCUCCACAUUAACAUCAACUGCACAAUCAACUGGUCUUGGAGGAAGUCUCCUUGGAGCCACCAGCACAGCCCCAGGUGGCCUAUUUGUUGGAUCAAAUCCAGAAUGUUCCAACAUUGCGACUUUUAUGUCUCCAACAAAAUCUUUUGAAGUCAACUUUCCACAACAUUAUGUGGACAUGGAUAUUGGGAUAGGGCCUCUUAUACUAGAUGAUAAAUCACCAUCAAAAAGUGGAAAGAGAAACUUUUAUAGCAUUAUUACUCCCAGCUCUGGUCCAAAACUUGGUACCAGCACAGCUAGCUCGUUACAAUUAACUUCAGCGGCUCCCAGUUUGGGCCUGGGCGGAAGUGGGACCACCACUACUUCACUCGGCAUCGGAGCAACCAACACCACCACUUCAGGAGAUGGGAAAAGUGAAGCUCCAAAACAAACGAAGCUACCAACAGAAAUCUCCACAUCAGUAGAUACAUUUAAGGAGUUUGUCAAGAAACAGAAGGCAAUCAGCUCCGAAAUAAUGAGGAUUUCAAUCAAACCAUUCCAUAAAGUGGAACGUGACGCGGAGCAGCUGGUCCGCAGCGCGCUGUCGCUGGGCGGGGAGGUGGCGCGGGCGCGGGCGCAGUCGAAGCGGCUGCGGGCGGCCGGCGCGCGCGCCCUGGCCGCGGCUGAUGCCGUCAACAACGACCCGCCUAAUUCGGAGUACGAAGGCUCAGCGCCACCUGCGUUUAUCAAAGAGCUGAUAGCGGAAUUGGAGCAGCAACUUAUAACGUUUAGACGCCAAAUGGACGUGGCCGACAAACAAAUGCAAGCCUCGCCCAAACUGCUCUCCGAACAAGAACUGAACCUCGGUAUACGCAGAAUGCACGAGUCCCUAGUCGCGCUCGCUGGUCGACUGCAAGCUGUGCAUGCUCAGGUUGAGGCCCAAAAGGAACAGUACCUGAAUCUUCGCAAGUACGUCUUGAAAGAUCAAUCCAACGUAUUCGAAGGCCAAGCAGGCAAUACAAGCUUAGACCAAAUUCUGCGGGAGGCCGAGAGUGGCAGGAAAAAAUCCAAGCUCACGGGCUUUGAUAGCCUCGGUGGAUCUGUACUCUCAGAUCCUAGGACUAUAGGUAACAUUAAUCAGUUGGCGGGGCCAACUCCGUUUAGCUACAUUGGACCCACCACGACGCCAAUAGCAGAAACUCCAGUGGCCAACUGGCAGCCGCAGGCAGGCAACCUGAGCUCGUCAUUCAACGCGACCGGCUUCGGCUCAUUCGGGGCCGCGGACCAGAGCUCGUUCCAGCUGCAGAAGCCGCCCGGCAAGCGCACCAAGCAAUGAUGCUGACGGUAGGCGCGCCGGUGAAUGCACCGGCGGCCUAUCUACCGCGGACUGAAGUAAUGACAGCUGGAAGUGAUUGUACGAUUGUGAGGUGGGUUUUGUGAGAAGUGAAGUGUACAGUGACAGUGAAAGUGAUGUGGUGAUAGGGUGUUCAUGGUGAAAUGAUUCUAUAGAUGGAGCAUUGUUUUCAAGAAAAAUUAAGAAAACAUGAUUGACCUA